GGUUACACUACUUCAUAGUGUCAAACAUUCGGUUAUUCCGACUAACGUCGUCGCUCAGAAACUUUGCAAGUUAUUAUUUGCAAGUUAAAACCUUUUAAGAUCUAAAGUGAAAGAAACAUGAAAAGCUCCUUCACAUUCACCAUCUUCUUUUUUGUUCUUCUCCUUACCUCUGGUUAGUCAUACUCAUCUCCUGAUAUAAAUGUAUUAUCUAUAUUAUGUUUAAUUAGCAAUUGAUUAAUGACUUUUUGGUAUGUUUAUUUUACAGGCCUGGUGAUGAGUGCAAGGAUGCAAGAAAUAAGCACAAACGAUAGAUUGAUACCUAUAACAUGCAACACCGAUCAAGAUUGUGCUAAGUAUUGCAAAGGUCCCAUUCACAAGUGCAAAUAUCAUACUUGUGCAUGCGUACCCGGAAACCCUAAUUGUUGCUAGAAACAUACCCUACAAUAAUCUUAAACGUUGGUUUUUAAACUUCGUUUAUCUUUUGCAUUGGAGUUUCUACCCAAAAAUAAAUAAAAUUAUGUUUUUUUUUUCUGUUGACAAUGUUUUGAACCAAUGGUCUAACCGCUGUUUUUUGUGAUUGCAUUGUAAGGACGCAAAAUUGCUACAUAACUAAACCGGAAAUAGAUGUUAGCGGUUUGUAUAUAAUAAGAUAGAUGUUAUAAAAAAAUAUAAACUGGACAAAUUAAAUCUCAGCAGCAUAAGAUAUGACAUUGGACGCAACAUAAUCACUUUAUUUCAAAUUAGGAAGAACCAUUGUAGAAAGUUUUCAUACAAAUUAAAAAUUGCUAAAAAUCAUAUCCAGCUGAGUACUGAUUAAUACAUACAAAUAUCUAUGAUAUUUUCCCUUCUUAGCAUGCUGAGCGAACAUAGCUGCAUAGUUUUUUGGUACGUUGUACGUAUAUAUAUAUAUAUAUAUAUGCAUAUAAAGGACGGAGGACCAAGAGAUUUUUUUUUUCUAAUAUGGAUUAGACAUUUUCUUGUUACCGCUAAACAAGCUCGUCGAGCGUGAACUAUUCGUUGAAGAAGACUAAUUGCUUCCUUUUAAAGAAUGCUUAGUCGACGACGGCAACUGCAUUGUAGCAGCGAAUGACUUUUGAAAUCUCGGUUCCAUGUUUCUCUCUGAACCUAAAGGCUUAGCUGAUCUUUGCUUUUGUUGGUGUUGUUGUCUUCCGUUUGUGUUCAACCGUACCCCAAAUAAACCACCAGAAGAAUAUUGCUCUACAUAUAAUUUUUCAGCAUCUGAUAUGUUCCUUCUGCUUCUUUGAGUUCUUUCUUUGGACCCCUGAUUGAAGAAACCGUGUCUCUGACCCUUGUCAGUUCUGUUUUCUGACAAUGCAAUUGAAAGACAGACUCAAGAAUGGUGUCCCACACCUGAUACAAAAAAAAAGCCUUCAGUAUCAUGCAUCAUCUUUCACACCAAACAAGCCCAUUUUUCGAACUCCUAUCAACAUUCAGCAACAGUGUAGUUCGCAUAUUCUACAUAAGAAAGUUCAUAAAGAUAGAGGUCAGGUACUGUUCAUCCAAGGGUCCAUAGCUCAGUGUUAGAGCAUUCAACUGCAGAUCAAGAGGUCACCGGUUCGAACCCGGUUGGGCCCUUUUUCUUGUUUUGUUGUUUACCCUUUCUUUUCAAAAUUUCAGCUCAUGACUUUAUCAUGUGACUGUAGACGACUAUUUAGCUAUUUUAUAUGGAAGCGGGUACGCAGAAGCGGAAU